AGCUCAGAUUGGAGACACUGGUGACUCUGAUGGGAGGUGAGGCGGCUGUGGCUACGGUCUCCCUUGCACCGACCCACUGUAUCUAUUCACACUUCCUGCCCAGAGUGAGAAGCUGAACGGCCUGCGAUGAGACUGUGCCCCCCAGCGCCAUGUGUGUGCCCCCUGCCUUCCUCCUGCUCUUGGCUCUACUCAUUAUACCAGGUCCAGCUCUCACUCUGAGCUCCCUCAGCAUUUCUGCUAGUCAGCUCCAUGUAAGCGGAACCCCCAACAGCUCCCUCCUCCUCCCAACGUCGUACAGAAGUCCCCCACGGACCAACUGGCUUCAGCUCAAAUGGGAGCAUCUGGCUUCGACAAACGAGCUCAUUAAAUGCACAAUCCGGACAAUAAGGUCGGCUGACGAUACAAAGGAACAUGUGGACAUCAACACAUACCCAGUGGGGGGCAGAGAGGGGCGGAUGGAGAUUGUGCCAGAGAAUGGCUCCUUGAUUAUCCAUCGACUGAACAUAAGUGAUGCGGGUUCCUAUCAGGUGACAAUACGGGAUUCCAGUGCAUCUGCCUCAGCCGUCAUUAGUGUCAUCGUGCAGGAUAUCGAACCAGCGGAUGAGGAGGCUGCGGCCGAGGCCAAAAUAUCUACAAACUGUUUCUGCCUGAGUAUCUCCGGUAACAUUGAUCUACCUGCUUCCAUCUCAAUACUCAUUGGGAGCCACUUACUCUCCACCUUUAUCACUGUCUUCAUCCUCUUUUGUCAACUAAAAAUAAAAAAAAAACGGAGUCCUUAAUUGGGGAAACUGUAAUAUCCAAUAAAAGUCGUAGACCUUUGUGUUACAUUCAUGAGAGAACCAGAAACUUUGACCAAUAAAGGAUGUAUCUGUUUAUCCGGCAUCCGCAAAUAAACUAUUCAAAUGCUGAC